CUGCUUUCAGCCUUGUGUGCCAUAUUUGCUCACAGAGACCACAGGGUUCCAGUUCAGCAGCAAGAGAGCUAACAAAGACCUACAGAGCAACAAGAUGGUGUCUGCCGGGAUACAGAUGCUGGGUGCCUUUCUGGGCGUCCUGGGAUGGAUUGGCGUUAUCAUCACCUGUGCUCUUCCUAUGUGGAGGGUUACAGCCUUCAUUGGCAGUAACAUCGUGACUUCGCAGACAUCAUGGGAAGGCAUCUGGAUGAGCUGUGUGGUGCAGAGUACCGGGCAGAUGCAGUGCAAGGUCUACGACUCCAUGCUGGCCCUGUCUUCGGACCUCCAGGCCGCAAGAGCUCUCACCAUCAUCUCCAUCAUCGUGGGCAUCAUGGGCAUCUUCCUGGCCAUGGCUGGAGGAAAGUGCACCAACUGUGUGGAGGACGAGACAUCCAAGGCGAAGGUUGCUGUGACUGCGGGCGUGAUCUUCAUCGUUUCUGGACUGCUGUGCUUGAUCCCUGUGUGCUGGACUGCCCAGACCAUCAUCCAGGAUUUCUACAACCCCAUGCUUAACCAGGCUCAGAAGAGGGAGCUGGGGGCCUCGCUGUUCAUCGGCCUCCAGAUCCUGGGUGUUAUGCUGGCUAUAGUAGGUUGGCUGGGGACGGUCAUGGCCUGCGCUAUGCCGAUGUGGAGGGUCACGGCUUUUGUUGGUGCCAACAUUGUUACAGCCCAGAUCAUCUGGGAGGGCUUGUGGAUGAACUGUGUGGUACAGAGUACCGGACAAAUGCAGUGUAAAGUCUACGACUCCAUGCUGGCUCUUCCUCAGGACCUGCAGGCAGCCCGAGCCAUGGUCAUCAUCUCUUCCCUGGUGGGGGUAUUUGGCGUGCUGAUGGCCGUGGUUGGAGGAAAGUGUACCAACUGCAUGGAGGACGAGGCAGCCAAGGCCAAAGCCUGCAUUGUUGCAGGUGUGAUCUUCAUCAUUGCUGGUUUCCUCAUCCUCGUCCCUGUCAGCUGGUCUGCCAACACUGUAAUCCGGGACUUCUACAACCCGCUGGUUUAUGAAGCUCAGCGCCGGGAGCUCGGAGCCGCGCUCUACAUUGGUUGGGGAUCUGCGGCUCUGCUGAUGCUGGGUGGUGGGCUUCUAUGUGGGAGCUGCCCACCCAAAGAGCCUCGACCCUACAUAGCAGCCAAGUUUGCCCCUGCCAGGUCAACAUCUCCACCAAUGAAUUACGUGUGAGCAAUUGGAUGGGACUACAAGAACUGAGGCAGCAAUUCAUUAACAAAGUGUGAACUCUGAACUGUGUCCAAAAAGGCAUGUUUUUUUUUUUUUCAUUUCUUUUCAGUAUAAAUAUAUAUACUAUAUAUAUUUUUUAUAUUACAUGAUCAUUGAUUUUGAUCAUUGUAAGAACUUUGAUCUGCUGAAUAUAUGUGAAUGAUCCAAUACUGUACAUUGAUCAAAUCCUGUUGAUUGAAAUGAUUGAAAAUCAUUAAAAAUUCAAAUCCAAAAAGAGUAAA